AUGUCGUCCAUCUCAAUCGCAACCCUCCCUCGCAUGGGCCGCGAUGCUCUUGCAGCCCUGCUCCUCUCCGCCAGCGAGCCAAGCAACCUCGCAGUCAUCGAUGUCCGAGACUCAGACCAUGUUGGCGGCCACAUCCACUCAUCAACCUGGGUCCCCACCUCAACACUGGAUGUCCGCAUACCAGAGCUGAUCCGUACUCUGAAGGACAAGAAGAUGGUCAUCUUCCACUGCGCGCUCAGCCAGCAACGUGGUCCCUCUUCUGCUUUGCGGUAUGCGCGCGAGCGCGAAACCGCCCUUGGCGCGGAAGAAAGUCAGAAGCAGCAGGUGUUCAUACUUGACGGCGGAUUUGUGGAAUGGCAGCAGAAGUAUGGCAAUGAUACUCGUUUGACUGAUGCUUAUGCUGCCGAUAUUUGGGAAGAGUAUUGA